GCCGCGGUGGGAACUACGCGUCCCGGCGUGCGCCGCUGCGGGCGGGGAGCGGCUCGGGGGCGGGAGAGCCCUGAGGCGGAGGAGGGCGCGGCUGUCGGUGCGCGGCUGUUGUGGUCUAUGUGUGGUGGUACCCGGAGGGAUCAACAGGCUCAAGAUGUCGAGGAACCAGUUCUCUGACACUGGCAGCAGAAAAGAGCAUGUUAAAAUCACAAGUGAGUCCAAACCAGGGUUCCUGGAGAGGCUCAGCGAGACUUCUGGUGGCAUGUUGAUGGGACUUGUGACAUUUCUUUUGGCUUUCUACCUUCUUUUUACCAAUGAAGGACGAGCGUUAAGGACAGCCAAAUCUCUUGAUGAGGGACUUUCUCUUGUGGUCCCUCUUGAUACCAUCCACAGUAUCUCGCAGCAGAAUGAAGGGACACUGGUGCACUUGUCUGGUGCUCUGAGUACAUCUAAGCCCUUGUUUGACCCCAGCUAUGGGCUCUCCAUCCAGGCUGUCAAACUUAAGCGUAACGUGGAAAUGUACCAGUGGGUAGAAUAUGAAGAUUCCAAGGAAUAUGAAGAGAAUGGUGAGAUUAAGAAAGAGACAAAGUAUUCAUACAAUACAGAGUGGAAAUCAGAAGUUGUGAACAGCAGAAACUUUGAUAAAGAAAUUGGACACAAAAACCCAAGUGCCAUGGCUGUGGAGUCUUUCACUGCUGUUUCUCCUAACGUCCAGGUCGGCAGCUUUGUCCUUUCUAAGGGUCUCGUGGAUAAAAUUGACGACUUCAAGCGGUUGAGCUUGGCAAACCUUGAGGAUCCACAUGCUGAUGUUACCCGAGGAGGAGAUUACUUUUAUCACAGUGAGAACCCCAGGCGUCCAGAAGUGGGAGACCUUCGUGUCUCGUUCUUCUAUGCAGGUCUAAGUGGAGAUGAUCCCCAUUUGGGUUCUGCUGAUAAGGUGACUGUGGUUGCUCGCCAGCGAGGUGAUCAGCUGGUUCCAUAUCACACCAAGUCUGGAGACGUCCUGGAGAUCCUGUACCCUGGGGAUCUCUCUGUGGAGGAGGUGUUUCAGAAGGAGCAUCAGAGUAACACCAUGAAGACCUGGGCCCUCCGUGCAGCAGGCUGGCUCUCAAUGUUUGUAGGCAUCAGCCUAAUGACUCGAAUCUUUUACACAUUAGUGGACUGGUUUCCUGUUGUGAGGGAUCUGGUUAACAUUGGAUUAAAAGCGUUUGCCUUCUGCGUAGCCACUUCGCUGUCACUCCUGACCAUCUCCGUGGGGUGGCUCUUCUACCGCCCCCUCUGGGCUCUGCUCAUCGCGCUGCUCGCCGUGGUUCCCGUCGUGGUGGCAAGAUCUCGUGUUCCACCCAAGAAGCAGCAGUGAGAAGGAGGUGGUCGGGUCUUGAGCUGAAUCCUGGUUAGAAACUUCUCAAGUGCAUUUCUGUCCUGGUUCUUGCACUGUGCUUCCAGCAAAUCACAGCUCAGCAGCGAGCACCAAGAGCUGGGGAGGGGUCUUGAAUGGGACUGUUGAUACACAUUAUCCAUGGGACUAUAGGAUGCUGUUUGUAGGAAGUCAGUGACAUCAACUUUGGGGGAAAAAAGCAGUUUGGAGUGUCUGUGUUGAUGAUAAGCUAGUGAACAAGCAGCUUUGUGCCUCCUACUGCUUAGUAAUUCCCCUGAUUUGAGAACUGGCAAGUCCUCACUGACAGGUGUGGGUGUGUUUUGGAGAAGGUGCCAGUUGGAUCCUAUGGACCAUGAUUAGAUAUCCUUAGGAAAUACGUGUGUGUACCUGUCCCUGACAAACCCUCCCUCUGCUGCCUUUUCUAGUAGUAGCACAGUCAGGUACACUCCUUUGGCUGAUGCAUUUGGCAGUGUGUGUGUUUAAAGGGAAAAUUGCUUAGGCAAAUUCCACACAAUACUCAUGUAAACCAUGUGCUUCUGGACUGAGGAUUUUCAGAGUAACUCAGUAUAAUGAGUGGCCAGGUUAGCAAUGCUCUGAGGUCAGGUGAAUUUAUUAAGAGGCAUUGAUUUCCCCUAACCUUUUAAAAGUCUCUGAAGUUGUUCUUGAUUAAGCAUCCAAAAUGAUAGCCCAGACUAUACCAUUAUAUAAGUAUUUCAAAAAUUUAACUUCAAAUUGCACUUAAAGGGAUGCUCCGAGGUCACCAACCUGUAAAUAUACAACCUGCUGCCUUGAAACAACUUUUAUAAUUGAAUAUAUAGUCUUUAAAAUAUUUGGGGUUCUUUUGCUGUGUAUACCGUUUCUUUUGAAUUUCACUUAGUAAGGACAAUGAACAUACUCCAUGAAAUUAAAUAAUGGAAACGUUUUUGCCUGACUAGUUUUCAUAGAUUUUAGUAGCCUAAAUUAAGAGCUUUGUAUCAUGUUAGAGGAAUGCCUUCUUGUAGUGUUGUGAUGGCUCAUGUUUACAUAUUUCUGUUGUAACCAGUACUCGAGACUGGAGACACUCUUGUACUGUUUAAAGUCUCUCCACCAGGAUGGAGUCUGGCAUCCAGAUGGGCCCUCCUGCACUACAGUGUUUUGGGGGUUUCUGUAAGUAUAUACAAUUCUGUACAAAAAUAAUGUCUUCAUUUAUGAAAUCUAUUUAUGACCAUCAGAAGAGUGUUCUCUGUACCAAAAGAACUUGACUUGAACAUACAUAAAAGCAAAUGUUUGCUAGAAAUGGUACUGACAGAGAAAUGAGUUACAAAUCAUAAAUGUUUUGAGAAGUCGUAAUUACUUUAUUAGUCUUAAUUACUUUAAUUCUUUUGGUAUUUGAAUGUUGUCAGUUCAGUCUCGUGUCUCAGUUCUGCUGGUAAAAGCAGGAGCAGUGAGUGAAAGGACAGGAAGGGGAUGUGGCCUCAUGCACACAGCUGGCCCGUGUUAGUGGUACUGCAGCAUCUUCCUGCUGCUCACCAGCACCAACUUUGCUCCACCAGUUAGGAACUGCACUCCACUGGGGAGAGAAAUGGGUUGGAAUGCUGCUGUUUUGCCCAUGAUGCAGGACACUAGCCAGCAUUACCAAAUUAGAGAUGAAGAUACAAUUUUCUACAGAAGUGCUGAGCUUUUGUAUAUUUAAUAAAAUACGGUUUU